GCCACCAAGCCCCGCCUCUUCUGAUAAUCGACUGUUAGGCUAACUAAUCAGUUUGUGUUUCUCUGGGAGGAACUGGAGUGUGUGAACCGAGGAUGAACCUCAGUCAGACGGUUUAUCAGUGUCUUUGUCGAAUUUACAUGGUCCAAAGAAAAAAUACAAUGCAAUUGAGAAGAAAUACAAAGCGAUGCCGUAUCAUGUCUUCUAAUGCCCCGCAAUUCACAUAAGAAGAGGCUGCUGAACCCGCACAAAUCUCAGCUGUUGUUCGUGGGGGCGCCCAUUAAUGGACCAAAGCAUGAGUAUGGACCACAACUACAGAGUGCCAUUCAUCCCAAGUCAUUUAUAUCAGAGAAACAACAGCAAAGUGGUGCACCAUGUACCUCUUGGGUGUCUCCGCAGUUUAAUUCGCUCGAAAACACAACGGUUAGUCGACGUAAGGCACCAGAUUUGGGUUUCCCCCAGACUAGAAGAGCAAAUGGCUGCAAAUAUAUUCCCUUGUCCUUUGAGGCAACCACAGCAGGUUCGCAGCACCAGCGGGAGAACUUUAGUAGUUCACGGACAAAGAAUGACAGGCUUGUUUCUUCGGACGGUCAUAGCAAGCAGCUUCGAGAAACUCCAAGAAGAACUCACUUUCCUCGAAAAGGGGUGGAGAGGAGGAUGGCUACACGUGUUAUAUCCAUCUCCAGGCGUUCAGAAGUUUCAAAGAAACUUCAGUUCCAUAAAAAUGGAAAUAGAACGCCUAAGGAUUCUGUUCACACACCGAACACAAGCUUAUUAGUUCCCGAACCCCCAAAUGUUGAGACGCCAGAAAUGCCACAUUGUUCCAGCAUGCCUCCAUCCAAUCUUCAACAUCUCCUCUUCCCUCCAAACCAAGCAAAAACUCCUCCGCGCACUGAGAACACGAAUGUCCCGGUGAAGGACACACCUGAGAAAGACUAUGGACUGAGGGUAACAUGGAGGCGGAGGAAAGGACUGAUGAAAUUGUUGACUGACAGAGGUCUGCUUCUUCCAGCAGAUGCUGGAGUUGCCAGUGAUUGGACUUAAAUAAUAAAUUAACAGAUACAGCAAUAAUUUGAUUAGUUUUGUAGCCUUUUCUGUUCAAUACGGAUUUGAUAAGAUUUGGGAAAUUGUGAUCACUUAACAACCGAGAAAAUUUAAUAUAUGAACACUUCAGGAGAGAGGAAUUAAAGAUGUCAUUUUGAUGUCCCCAGCCUUAUUUAAUAGAAUCACCUUUGCAUUCUGUAGGACAUCAAUAAAUUAUGUACUUAAAUGUAAAA